UGGUUGGUUUGGCUGAGUGGGCGGAGCUCCGGGUUCUGGCAGCGUCUUGCUCCAGCUGUUUUUUUGUUCAGUCUGGGUUUUUUUUUCUUUGUGGAGCUCCAUGAUGAUGAAGAUCACGCUGGUGAGCAUCACCUUGACCGUGCUGCUCCUGAUGGAGGUCCAUGCUGACGUCCAGCCGCAGAAGAACUUUGAUGUGAAGAGGUUCGCAGGUCGGUGGUACCGCGUGGGUUUGGCCUACAACUCGGCCAGCUUCGCUCGGCACAGGAACAAGCUGACGGUGUGUAUGGGUGUGGUGGAACCCAAGGAAAAUGGAGACGUUCUGAUGACUGUGUGGAAAACCAAGUCCUCAGUCUGCCAAAAAGAGGUCUACAAAUAUGAGAAGACGUCUGUACCUGGCGUGUUUACAUACUUCAGCACACGACACAGUCGGGUGAAGGACAUCACUGUGGUGGAAACGAACUACAACGAGUUUGCCAUCAUUUAUAAACACAGGAAGUUUAACAGGGAAUUCACUCAGGUGUCUCUGUACAGUCGCAGUCAGAAGUUGAGAUCAGAAGUCACUGAAAGGUUUAAAUACUCCAUGCAACACGGCUUUCCUGAAGAGUCCAUUAUAAUACCACCACCGGCAGAUAACUGCCCCCCCACACGCCACUGAUGUAAGUGUGAUGUUCUCUCCAAAAGCCUGGGACUGAUCUGGAUGUCCAUCAAGAGAACCCACAUCUCCCUCAGCUGUCCAUGUUUACCAUGUUGCUGGUGUGAAAUAGGAGUUUUUGUAAAGCGAGACACGCCACAUCCUGAGACGUUUUGCUAUUGAAUUUAAAUAAAUGAGAUUUAUUACUACGGUAUAAAAAACAAACAUUUUAUAGCUUGUGUUAUUAUUUAUCCAUAAUAACAUUUGACAAACUAUUUACCUGAAAUCUCAUCUCUUACCUGGAGUGUGAUUUUUAACUAUUAACUUACAAUGAUAUAGUAUAAGAAUAAAAAGGAUAAUGUUUCUUCUAGCUAGCAAGUGUGUGUGUGUGUGUGUGUGUGUGUGUGUGUGUGUGUGUGUGUGUGUGUGUGUGUCUGUAAUAAUAAUAAUAAUUAUUAUUAUUAUUAUUAUUAUUAUUAUUAUUAUUAUUAUUCCUGGUUUUAUUGUGCAGUUUGUUGCUAGUAAAACAGCACUAAUUAGCUUCUUGGCUGCUUUGUCCAAUAUUUCGAUGUAAUUCCGGUACUUUCCUUUAAACCUUUAACAAAAUAAGUGUUGGACAGUAAUAAAGUAAAUGUAAUUCAUUGCUGUACUUUAAGUAGUUAUUUUUUUUGUAUUUUUAUUUUACUGAAGUUCAUUUGAGGAGAUUUUUGCUGUAACUUUCAAAUUUCAAAGUCAAAUAUUUGACUUUUUACUCGACUACAUUUACUGAAAUCAGUCAUUUCUUUUUAUAUAUGAGGAUAAAAAUGUAACGUGAAACACGCAGCGAGUCACCUCAGGAUCGAGC